UCUUUUCCUACCGGGGUUCCAGUGAGAGGAUGUUAUGAGAGGAACACCGCUCAGGCUGACAUGGUUUCCUAUCUUCUCACACUCCUCCAUCUCUGCACCUCCCGCUGUCUUCUAAUGGUUUGAUGGAGAGCUGGUCGAAUGUCAGCGGGAACUAUCGUUAUAUCCGGAGGAAUUCUCGCCGGAGUGAUACUGCUGUGCAUCGUAGCAGUGCUCUGUUACUGUAGACUCCAGUAUUACUGCUGUAAGAAGAAUGGUUCUGAGGUGGACGUGGGCUCUGUGGCGGGAGCGGACCCUCUCUCUCAUUUCCCCUGCAAUGCCUGCAACGCCCUCGCCAUGGACGGGGCCGCCAUCACCCCGGUGUCUCUGGAUCAGCUGGAGACGGGAACUCACCACAACCACUGCCCCACCUGUUCCCCCUACACCCUGCGCUCUGGACUCUCUAACAGCCUGCGUAACGGGGGGGAGCGUCUGGGCUUCCACACAUACUACGAGAACCCAUCUGUUUCUCUGCCGCUGACCGCCCACCAACAGGGCUCCUCGCCUGUGAGCUACUACAGUCCCACGGACGAGUUUCCUCCCCCUCCACCACCUCCACGCUCCUACAGCACCGAUGUCUGACCUCUGCUGCUUUCUAAACUUACACUCACAUAGAAAACCUUUCUCGGAUGGAUUGUGGAGGGUUUUGAUGCAGCACAAUGACAAACAUUACUUCACAUGCUCACUUCUGCCACAGAUUUCAUCCAUGGGGGGUGACCCAUAAACUGAGUCCACUGACAGAGAGGUAAAACGCCCAUGGGGAGUUUCAGUAAGCAGUAUAAACCAGAGAUAGUGGUACAUUACUCUAGUAAAACCUCAUUUUGUUUCACACAAGGCCAAAUCACACGCGUUAAUAAAAUGUCAAUGUAAGUGUAAAGGUACAUGGAUUGAUGCGUAAUUUAAGACACUUUUUAAGCUGGUCAGGGACAUGUGUGACCAUGCAUAAAGUUUAUUGGGAACACACAAUGGGCCCCACAGGCAAGUCAAUGUUCAUAUGUAGGUGCUAUGGAUGCAAUUCCCCUAAGUCAUGUUACUGAUUUAGGAUUACAAUUUUAACAUUUCAAAAUUGCACACUUUCCACACAAAAAAACAUGUACAUUAUUUUGCACUUUUGCACCAUAUGAUUGGGAUAAAAAAAUCAAUGAUGUCCAAAUUAAAUGUUUCUGGAUCUAAUUUAGUAGUUAUCAAAGAAAACGGAGGGAAUAACCUUGAAAGUGAAAAUGCACAUAAAUAUAAAUUGGCUAUUUAUUAUUAGUAACUUCAUUCUUAAUACAGAGUAUGAUUAAUUUGAUGCCUGUUCACACUUUUAUUCAUGUUCAGCUGUUUUACUACUAAAAACACGUCUCAUUUACGCUCGUUAUAAAUUAUGAUCAAUUAAUUUGUGUAAAAAGGGAAGUUGAACACGGUGACUAACAACAACCAAACAAUUUAACAAAAAAUCAACACCAAAUAAUAUGGAUCUUUUGGGAUACUUAGACAAGAAAUCCUUAUUAAGGAAGUGGAAUUCACAGCUCCUGCUCUAAUUGCUAUUAUUAACAAAUGACACAUAAGCAUGCUGCUUAAGGCCUGAUUUUAUUUUGAUAAACUUUUAGACAUUUCACAAGAUAGUUUAGCCCAUGUCUGUUAAAAAGCUUACAAAUACCUUCAUCAGUAGGAACAUAGAAAAGGUGAGCCUGUUCCCCUGACAUCAAACUGUCUCAAUCAUUGAUUGAUUAUCAGUUAACAGAAUGACAAGCUUCUCACACACUGAUAGAUGAUCCAGCUUCAUAAAUAAGCAUUAUAAGUCAAUAGCCAAGGUGGCUUGAAUUAGCCACAGAAAUCUUCUCUCUGCCUGUAAAGCAUGAGACUGUCAUUUGUAUUUGUUAUUGUUUAGAGCCAGCCAUAGUUUUUAAUAUAAAUGGAGAUUAAUAGGAGUUAGCUGCAGUCUGCUGGGUCUUCACCGUCUAACUACGUGUGAUAACAUUGCACAGAGAAGGACCCCUGCCUUGUUAGUUUCUGUUAUUCUCCCCUGCAUUGUUCCCCUCUCCCUGUGCCGGUGUUAACCGAGAAGGUCAAUGCUAAUAUGAGAACCCCCCCCCCCCCCCCCCCAUCCCUACUGUACAUGAGGGCUAACAGUUUUUCUAUUGGGUGUUGUUGUUUGCCAACCACAGAAACUCCUAAUGGAGCCUAAGUGUUGUUUAUCUCCAGAGGAAACACAUGGAAAGUGAAGGAGAAACUAGAAAAAGUAUGAAUUCAGUUAGCUUUUGUUUUCACUCCUGGUUAAUGAAACUGGACUGCUAAAAGGGUUCUGCAGUGUCUUCCAUUAAAGUCGAUGUAUUUAACCUUUUUCAUGUUUACAGAUUGAGACAAACAAAAGGAAAUCAGAUGUUAGAGGUGUUGUAGGCAGAGAGGAUCGUGUACUAUGCUUUGUUGAUCUUGAAGCUUAAGUUUUGUAUCUUAUAAGUAAUUGUAUCUGCUAUACAGUACAGUAACAAUAUGCAGUGUUAUUCCACAGUAUAUGCCUAUCUAUAUAUUUUUAAGGAGUGUUGUAGUGUUUGUGAGCAACGUCAGGGCUUGAGUGUGUUUUAGUGAGUUUGUACCAAAUGUGAGUUUUCCAUGCUUUUUAGUUAUUCUGCCAUCUUGAUUUUUCUCUCUAUUAAUAUCUCAGUACAAGACAGAAAUUGCACGAGAAGAGAAUGGAAAUGUACAUUUGGAACAGAAAAUGGACUUAAAAUUAAUUAAAA